AUGGUCUUCGUAGCCAUUCUCAAAACACCAUCUCUUCACACACCAACCAACAUUCUUCUUUGCAGCCUUGCUGUUUCAGACUUUGCGGUUGGUUUCAUCGUACAACCUUCAUUUAUAGCUGCAAUGCUUUCAGAUUACUACAAACCAAWUCAAAUUUUUUUUAAAUAUUCCUAUAUUUUCUUUGUUGCUGUUUCUCUGUUGACGGUCGUGUUGAUCACCUUUGAUCGUUUCCUCGCUUUGUAUUGGCACUUGAAGUACCACAUUAAAGUAAAUGUCAAACGAUCUACAAUUGCGCUGAUCAUGGUGUGGCUAGUAUCGAUUGCCUUCACAGUGGUGUAUCGUGAAGUAGGCGGGAAAGGUCAUAGAUUUCGAUUUUCACUUACAUUUCUUGUGGCCAUUUUAGCAUCUAUUGUUUUUUGUCAUUACAAGACUUUUAAGAUAAUUCGACGGCACCGUCGUCAGAUAGUCGCUCAGCGUCAGGCCUUUCCUCUCCCAAUGACGAAGCAAGGUAGAUCUAUUAAAACAGUGUGGUACAUCCAAGGUCUGUUCAUAAUCUGUAUUGCCCCUUUCGUUUGGUCCAAGAUUGCAUCAGUGUAUUUAUAUCGGGGGGAAUCAUUUCUACGCUCGAUGAAGAACGCCUGCAUGACAUUUUUGUUUUUGAAUUCAACUUUAAAUCCUUUUUUGUAUGGAUACCGGUCCAAGGAAAUCAGGAGGGUUAUCCUUAAAAUGGUAAAACCUUUAAGAACGCGUAAGAUAACUUUUCAGCCGACAAGAACGCACAUGAAUACUGACCUACGAAUAAGAAUUGAAGGUUUAUACAUGAAAUCUGCGAGGAGCUAA